UCCUGGUUUGUGUUCAAAGUGUGUGGCCCUCAGAGGACUUUGAGGACCCUUGGAUGAAUUUGAAGUGGCCCCUCGAAUGAAAAAGUUCCCCACCCUGUGCUACACCGUGAUUCUAGAGAGUAACACUGGAAUCCAACCGACAGAGGGCGAUGUUGAGAUUGUUUGCCAUCGCUCUCUCUCCAUAGCAAAACACAAGCACUGGGUGAUGGUAGGAUUUCCUUGAACCCAGCAAACACUAGAAAGUCUGCAACAUGGAAUGGUUAUAAAUGCAUAGACAAGUGGCGACGCAAGCGAAAUAUGCACUGAUGAAGAUGUGGAUUAACAGGUGGAAAUCGAUGCAUGGGACAAUGGAAUCUCGCCCCGUGGAAUGCAGCUGUGUGAGGAUCCAAUGAAGCAAGCUGUUUUGGAGGAAUCUCCCUGGAAAGCAGACUUGUGCCUAACCACCCGCAGCCAUGAGUGUGCGGCAACCUCCGAGCUCAACACUGGAUAGGCUGAGCAGCUUAACGAUCGGGGACGGCGAUCGCAAGGCCGCAGCCAGCCAGGCCAAGGACCCGCUGCCACCGCCGCUACCCGACCUCACAGCAGCAGAGGGAACUGGUGCUGGCCUGGUGCAGAGAUGUGUGGUGGUCCAGAAGGAUCAGUUGGGUUUUGGCUUCACCGUGUGCGGGGAGAGGAUAAAGCUGGUGCAGAACGUCAGGCCAGGUGGAGCUGCAGUGAAGGCCGGUGUGCAUGAGGGAGACAGGAUCAUUAAGGUCAAUGGCUCACUCGUGUCGUCAAUGUCCCACCAGGAGGUGGUGAAACUCAUCAAAUCCGGAACGUACGUGGCUUUGACUCUGCAAGGUCCCGCCCCCUCAGCGGCGGCCGUGCCCCUCCAGCCCCUCUGCACCGACCUCCUGCCCAAUCACAGGCCUCUCUGCUCGGACCUGCUGCCCAAUCACAGGACUGCGUCUCCCCCGCCGGCCCCGCCCCUGCCCCCCUCGUCCACCUCCACACCAGGCGGCUACUCGCACAGAAUCACAGGACCCAAACCGCUACAGGACCCAGAGGUGCAGAAGCACGCCUCCGAGAUCCUCAGGAAGAUGCUGGAACAGGAAGAGGCGGAGCUUCAGGCCUUGCUGGAGGAGUGUUCUCGUAACCCCACCCCCUCGUUGGAGGAGCGAAUCGAGAGCGCCAAGAGGCGGGCCAGCCAGGUCCGGGUCAAGCUGCAUCAGGACCUGGAUGGGAAGCGACCUGAAUCCGUGACCAGUUAUUUCACAGCAGGAGAAGGGCGACUGUCGAUGGAGUCCAGCGAAGGGGACUUUGAGGUGUGUGAAAGCCCCCACUCCUCCCCCUCGUCCUCCUCCUUCCGGAUAUCACUGCACCGCAGACAAGGCUCCGACACACACAGCACGCCCGAGCCGGGAGGGAAGGCUCAGAUCAUUGGACCUGAGGAGGAAGAGGAGGAUGAAGAUGGUUACACUUUCAACGAAGUUGAUGGUCCUUUUCAAGAUCUGGAGCUGUUGAAGUCUCGGCCUGCUCACAUGACCGUCUUCAUGAGAUACGUCUUCAGCCAGCUUCUCGACCCCAACCCACUGCUGUUCUACCUGACAGUGGAGGCGUACCUGGGCUCCAGUCCUAAGGAUGCUCGAGGUCUGGCUCCUCAAGUGGUCUCCCACUUCCUGGAUCCUGAUGCGCCACUCAGAAUAAAAGUCAGAGAGGAGUACCUGAAGGAAAUUGAUGCGCGUCUGCAGGCACAGCCCCAGGAGGACAUCAGAGGGCCCCUAUCUGAGCUGCAGCAGCAGGUCCUACCAGAUAUACAGGACCAGAUACAGGACUACAGGAGUAAGCAGAUGAUGGGACUGGGUUCUCUGUUUGGGGAGAGUGACCUGCAGCAGCUGGAUGGAGACCCGACCAAGGAGAGGCAGGUGGUGGACAGGCAGGUCACCGCGCUCUGGGAAAUACUUUCGAAGCACGAGGAAGAACGAAGCUCUCCUCUGGCGUCGGCGGUUCUGCUGUACCUGAGGCAUUCAGGCAUCAAGCUGCGCGACUCGCGGGUCUUCCCCGGCCUCGCCUCCGAGAAGGAGAAGUGGCUGCCCUUCUUCCCCAAGGCCAAGAGGCAGCUAAGCAGUGGCAGGAAAGACAAGGAUGGGGAGGACAAGAGGAGAAACCCCAUCCUGAAGUACAUCGCCAAGCCCAAGAGCUCGUCACAGUCCACGUUCCAUGUCCCAUUGUCUCCCUCAGAAGUCCGUCCAGGUAACGUGCGUAACAUCAUCCAGCAGUUUGAGAACAACACUGACGUGGGGGAGGAGGGGGGAGAGACGGACGCCCAACGCCUCUCCUCAAGUAGCUUUGGAGACGACAGCAUGGACAGUCCGACGUUCUCGGUGCGUCUGGCCCGCAGCGAGUCUCUGAAGGCGCAGGGGGAGGGGCGUCGGCGCGGCAACAGCUCGGGGGCGGAGUCUGUGCCGCGUUCCCGCAGCGACGUGGACAUGGAGGACUGUGGGGAGGAGAGGGAGGGGGUGGUGUCAGGGGGGCUGCGGCCGCUGCAGCACAGCGCAUCCUCUUCAGCAUCCAGCAGUUCAGCCAGGUCACUGGAGAACCCAACUCCUCCAUAUACACCACGCUCAAGGCGCAGGAGUGUGGAGUUGCCCGCUGCGCUGCUGCCUGAUGCCCCUGCCCUGGAGGAGGACGUGCCCGAUGGCCAGAACUGGCAGGAGACUGUGGAGGCGCGCCUGUUAUCCUCACUCAGCCCCAGAGAGAUAGACCGACAGGCUGUCAUAUACGAGCUCUUCUUAACGGAGGUGUCUCACCUGCGUACUCUGCGAGUGCUGGACCAGGUGUUUUACCAGCGCAUGCGCUCUGUGCUCACCAUGGAGGAGUUGGACUGCAUCUUCCCCAACCUGCGACAUGUCUACGAGCUGCACUCUGGUCUGUGUGAAUCUCUGAGGCGGCUGAGGGAGAGCACCAUCGUGCACAGCAUAGGGGACGUCAUGCUGGCAAGGUUUGAGGGUUCGGCAGGAGAGGAGUUUCAGGAGCGUGUUGCUCACUUGUGCAGUCAGCAGAGUCAGGCUCUGGACCUCAUCAAGAGCAAGCAGCGCAAAGACCCCCGCUUCGCACACAUCAUACAGGAGUGUGAGGCCAGUCCCCACUGUCGACGACUACAGCUGAAGGAUCUGCUGGUGUCAGAGAUGCAGAGACUCACAAAAUACCCGUUGCUACUUGACAACAUCAUCAAACACACAGAGGGUGACUCAGCGGACAUGCACCCCCUCCAUCGAGCACAGGCCCGUUGCCGCGGGAUACUGCAGACGGUGAACGAGUACGUGCGGGAGACGGAACACCGGCAGAGGCUGAGCCAAUACCAACGCAGACUGGACAUCUCACAACUGGAGAGACACCCAAACACCGCCGCAGCACAGUUUAAGAAUCUAGACCUGACCACCAAGAGGAUGAUCCACGAGGGUCCUCUCACCUGGAAAGUCAGCAAAGAUAAAGCACUAGAGGUGCAUGCGUUGCUGCUGUGUGACCUGUUGGUGCUGCUACAGAAGGGUCCAGACGACAAGUUGGUGCUGCGCUGCCCCUCUCGAUGGCAGGGUGGGGGAGGGGGCGGCAGCGGCGACGCCAAAACGCCCUUCUGUCCCAUCGUACGCCUCGACUCACUGCUCGUCAGAUCCGUGGCCACAGACAACAAGGCCCUGUAUGUGAUCAGCACUUCGGAGCGGCAGAUCUACGAGCUGGUGGCUGGGACUUCCUCUGAAAAGAACACGUGGAAGGACUUGUUGGAGAAGACCAUUUUGCUGGCUACAGAAAAUGCGGGCUCGACCAAACAAGGAUCCCCACAAACCACAUCCAACCUGGAUUCACCUGGUGGCCCAGUCUUCCAGCCAGAAGUGUCAUUAAGCAAGAACUCGGCGUCCCUGGAGCAAGACUCCCCCAGUGACGAGGACAGUGUGCUGACCCCCACCACCCCAGCCGACCCCGCGGCAGCCUUCCUCAGCUCGGAGCAGAGAGGAGGGAUAGCGGACGCAGCGCUUCACGAUGUGGAGACUCUGAGGCAGCUGAUAUUCAGAGACCUGGACGACGGCUGGAGUCAGGACACAGAUGACACGCCCACCAACGAGACGGCCAAUGACAGGAGCCCGUUCCCAGACAAACAGCCUGCGGACCAACCAGAUGCAGAGCCCGCAAGCAGUAGUAGCCAAUGGGAAGCCGAGGAAGUGGAUGCUCCGCCCCCGGAGGUGGAGUCGCCCAGUGUGAAAGUGAUGCGGAAAGCUGUGGUUGCGGGCUCUCCUUCUCUUCCUGAUGACAUCACUGAUGAUGUCAACAUCCACUCCAGCCAAUCGGCAGAGUCGAGAGGCAACUUGUUCUACCUGGUCAUGCCUCAGGAGCCCUCGUCGUCAGGGGCGACUGAUGAGAGCAGCACGGACGACAUCAUCGCUCAACCCCCGCCGCUACUGGAACCGACCAUCUCGACGUCUCAGCGGAACUCCGUAGCAGGUUCCGGCAACAACAACAACGAAGAUAAUGGUGGCGAUUGUGUCCCGUUGACCAACAACGAUGCUACUUCAUCCGCUUCUGGGCUACCACUGACCAAUGAGGAACAGCCAGAGGGUGAUGACGUGGCGUCGUCGUCGUCAUGUCGAGGGGAGGGGCACAGGGCGAGUGGUGCUGAUGGCGGCGGUGGGCAGUCGCCUGUGGUGACAGUUGCCCGGCGGCACGUGGUGAAGAAUGUGGACGAGAUCUUCCACACCAUCGAGGAGCUGAUGAGCAAACUGCACAAGCUGAGGGAAAUCGAGUCGGCUCACACGCAGCUCCUGAAGACGCUCCACAGGUCCUCCACGGACGAACAGGUCUUGGAUGAGGUCAUCAGACAGAGCACGCCCACCGUGGUCCGGACGCCCUCUCUGGACAGAGGAGGUACUGCAGGGGACGGAAAAGAGGGAGGCCCCAGUGAACCCAGGCCGCCUGAGAUCCAGUCCACAGGGUUCUGACACCACACUGGACUGCCACAAUGAGCUUUGCACACACGCGCACACACACACACACACACACACACACACACACACACACACACACACACACAGAUGGACACAGAGCAACACACACACACUGAUACUUGCGUUGAGACACACAAAUGUCAACACUCGAAUUAACACACACACACACACACACACACACACACACACAUGCACACACACACACACAAAUGCGAACUCUUGCACGGAUGCACACACACACACACAGACACACACACAGACACACACACAGACACACACACAGACACACACACAGACACACACACAGACACACACAGAGACACACACAGAGACACACACAGAGACACACACAGAGACACACACAGAGACACACACAGAGACACACACAGAGACACACACAGAGACACACACAGAGACACACACAGAGACACACACAGAGACACACACACAGACACACACACAGACACACACACACACACACACGCACACACGCAAGUACAUACACAAGUGCACAGACUAACACUUAUAAAACACGCACAGACUGUGGAACUGGAAUCCUAACCCUUGUAAUCCCAACCCAGAAGAAACGCCCCCUUUUUGUACCCAGCAUGCCUUGCACCAGGAAGCAGUAUCCUGACCCUAAACUUGUGUUGUUCAGUCCCCGUGUCACUCACACUGACUCAUCGAGCAGAGGAAGGAUGAGAAGAUUGGAGUGGACGCACAGAAUCAUGGGAGAAGUGUAAAGUUUGGGCGGAGAGAAACGUGAAGAGAUUACAUGAAUGAAGACUGAACAUUUUGGAAGGCAAGAAAUGAUGAAGGAUGACGGGAAGAGAAGUAACUGUGGUAUAUGAAAAGUGUUGAAGAUGUGUCCAAGAAGGAAAAAAGGCAAGAAGCAAAGGAGGAAGAAUGCUUGAAAGAAAGAUAGCGGAGAGAGAGAGAGAGCACCUUCUGUAUAGAGAGAGUUUGAAUGAGGACGGGUUUUUUGGGUUUUUUUUUUUUUAGAUAAGCAGACUGAUAAACUGACUUCAAAUCCUUACACGACAUGCACAAAUACCAUCACCAACAUAUUUGUUCACUCACUCACUCACUCACUCACAGCCCCCACCCCAGCACUUUACUCACGACACAUCAGAACAGCAUGCAAAAGCUUCACGAUGUAGCAGAGAGAGAACUGGACAGGGAUAGAAGAGUCCCCAGUUGACUUGCAUGUCUGGCAUGUCUCGUCUGCUCACCAACCACUGUGAUGCAUUGAUAUGAAAGCCUGAUGCCGUGUUGAGCCUUUUGGCACGGCCCAACACUGAGCGGCGCCAUUUUGGGCCAGUAUACUAUGUUUUUCAUAGUUAUUGUGUUACCGCCACCUACAGGAUAGUGUGGGAAUCGCAGUGUCACCCAUUGAUGGCUGUGUUAAACUGGCUAAACAUGGCCGUCUGACUUGAGCCAUUCGUUCCGAUACAAAUGAGUGGUCAACGCGACAUCUUGUGUUCAUAUCUAUGUGAUUGUGAUGCACCACUGUGAUGCACCCACUACACAGCGUACCUAAGACUUGAACCAAAAUAGCUGACUUGAGGCAACAUGGGGUACAAGUCAUUAUAGUUCCUCACAUCCUUACCUGUUUUCUUGUCACCUCUUGCCUCAGUGUCACCCUGCCUUCCCGUGGAGAAAACGAUUAAGGUCCCUCACUGACAACCUCGUCAGGGGGAGGGGGUUCCAUAUCCAUCAACCCCGAAUGCAAAUGAGAUAAUGAUGUCUGAAUUAUGCUUUGAAUAAAACUUUGAUCAUCGAUAACGUCCAGCCUUACAUAAUGAGACCAUAAGCCACAGGAGAGCAUGUGAGGAAUUACAAUGACUUGAACCCUUGAGCUAACAUGGCCUACUUGUGCCAGCAUGGCGGUGGCCUCCAUCACUGGUUGCCUUUAGUGUACGUGCCCUGCUACUGAGGCUCAAAGGAACUCUCUGAAGGAGUUGAUUUUUUUUUUUUUGUGUGAUCAGGUUCUUUUAUUCUCCUUCUUUUUUGUCAUUGCACGGGGUCUCCCUUGUCUCUGGGCAGGGGAUCUGUAAAGGACUAUAACGGUGCGUUUGCGUUAGCCACUGUCAUCACCACAUCAUGCUAUAUGUAAAUACACUUUUUUUUGUUUUUCCUUUUCGUGUCCACAUUUGAGGAACGAGGGAAAACGAACAUAACAAAUGAAGAUAAUAUGUUAAUUUUAGAUAUUUUUUUCUGAAGGAACAUCACUACAGUCCCCUGUCUUGUCGCUAACGCACACACACAUACACACAGACACAGAAUCACACACACGCACACAGCUGCUAAAAGACUGAGCAUCUCAUCUGGUCAUGUAAUGAUCUUCACAUCAUUUCCAACACUACUGCAACGCUCUCUACUGUACCGACACGCCACCGGAGGUCGCAUUCCACAUUCACACUAAAGAAGGAGAACUUUUGUAACGUUACUCAAGAGACAAGAUCGAACACUAUUUAUGAACUCUGUUUUGUUCGUCUGAUGUCAAGAGCAAAAAAAAAGUGACAAUGACUAAAAAAAGAAAUGCAUCACCUAGUCAUCUUACACUUGCAAUCCCCUCCCCCCGUUUCACAUUGUAACAAACUCUUAUUCUCACUGUGUACAUACUGUGAAAACUGACCCCCACCCUCCCUAAACACUAAGCAACCCCCCUCUCUCACCCCAAUCGUGACCUUCUGCUACCCUUUCACGCCUCAAGCACCCCCCCAGACCCAUUCAGGCGUUAGUCCGAGACUAGCUGAGUGGGUCAGGGAUGGUGUUAAAGGGGAAUGGGGGGUGGGCGGAGUGCAGUAUUACAUGAAGGGACAAAACAAUACAGACAUGGCUGUAGCAUAACUGUAGUUUCCAUGAAGAUGUGACAAUUGAAAUGUCCUCUUUUUCGUCUUUCCGUCUUCUACCUACCACGCAUAUUUAACCUUUAGUAUAUAAAGCUAUUACAACGAGAAAACUGAAGAAGACAUUGAGUUGAAUAAGGGGUGUGUGAGGAAAACGUGGUUUAAGGGGGGAGAGAGGAUAGCUUAUGGGGGCGAGGUUAUGACUAGAACUGACCAGACUCCACAUCGGACGAGAGAAAAGAGGACUUGUCUGAUUGGGAUCACUAAUGCACAUCUCAGGCUGAGAAACUGUACAGUCCUGUGUUCAUUUUUUCUCUCUUUUUUUUAAAUUUUGUUCGCCUCCUAUACGUUUUUAAAACCCACCUUCUCUUACAAUACCAAGUUUUAGUUCUUCUUUCCUAUAGUUUUUUUUCUACAUUUGUUUUUCUUCUUUUUCUUCAAUUAGUCUCCACUGCUUUUUUCACCCAUCAGUCUGUUAUCUUUCCUUUCUGUCGUUUCUCUCACAUUGUGUUUCUCACCUCCAUUUUUAAAUAUAUAAAAAUAUAUAUAAGCUGCACAUGUGAAUCUUGACUUUGGUGCAAACUACUGUAAUCUUACACAUCUUUAUUACUUAUUAUGAUUUAUUAUUAUAUUAUUAUUAUUAUUUUAAACUUUGCUCACUCAUGUAAUAUAGAGAAUCACACACUUGUUUUAUAUAUGUUCAUUUUCUGUAAAGUUUUAGUCCUUUUUUCAAUUUUAUUUUUGUAGAUAUGAAUAAAGAUGACAAAAAAGAUGUGUAAAUUAUUUUCCCCCUCCCCUGUUUUUAAGAAAAAAAAUUGGUGAGGUUGUUGUUUAGCCGCACAGAAGGAAAAAUGAACUUGUGUUAAGGACUCAUUUGUUUUGUGACAUUAAAAAGGAUGAAAAAAAAAAACAUU